AUCAAAGAAAAGAAAAAAUUCAGCGAAAGGAAAUGCAGAAACACAAGCUGGUCGAUAGAGCAAUUCAAAACAUUGCAAACGCCAUUAACAUGGUUGUUUGUGCUAGUAAGAACGAGGAUUUCAAAGCUAAGUGUUUCAAACUUUUAAAGGUAGGAAACGAGGACGAAUCUAAAGACGCCAUUACUGAACGAUUGUGGAAUAUUGCGAGCUCCAGACUGAAUGUGAAACAGCACCAUGGCGAAAGCCAAGAAAUUAAAAAAACUAAUCCCUGUGAAGAACCAAGUGGACCCUGGUUUGAUGAUUUAGCUGGGGAGAUAUUGAUUUACGAAGAACUGUACAGUAAAGAAAACUACUUUACCAGAAGUAAAGCAGAUAAUACAGAACCAUACACUUGGGAUAAGGAUGAUGAUUCUUCAUUUGAAAUGUUGGCUGAUGUGCAGUGGGAUUUAUAAGAAAAAGACAUCCAGGUAUAUAUAGGUACUUUGUACUCAAAAGUACAGGAAUCAACAUCACAAGCAUUAGCUUGCUUUGUACAUCAGCCCACUGGCAAAUGUAAUUCCAUUCCCCAGAAGUCUAACAUAGUGUCAGAUAAUGCUAACCAAAGAGCCAAAGCUAUCUGUCAAGGUGUUCUAACACCAACUGGAACAAUCACAAGUUAAAGGAAUUUGUUAGAGGAGUGUCCUCAAUACUUCUGUCAGAAAGCAGCCAAUGACCAAUGUCAAGAACAUAAAAACUUAGUCUUAUUCUCAAUCACUUGUGAACCAACUUGAUUGUAAUGCAGUAAAUUGAAGCAGCACCACUGUGAGGACUUAUAACUCAGGUUUGUCUCAAACUUUAGUUAUGAGAUAUUGGGUUGAGAUACAGUACCUAUCUCAUUAGAAGUUUUGUUGUGUAGUAUCGCUGAGUAUUUGUACGAGUUGUGCUGUAUUUUGAUGAGCCCAUAGGGCAAGU